AUGGGAUCAUAGUGUUGUGUGUAAGAGCGAAAUGGCACCAGAACAUCUAUUGCAUCCAAGGACAUUCAAGAUGAGUUGGAGUAUAUGAAAGAAAUAACCUAUGGUCAAUAAAGAAGAUAAAUCUUGUUAUAUGAAGACAAACCCAUUUGUUAUUUCUUGAGCAAAAUUGAGUUAUCCAAUGAGACAAUUACAACUGCUUGUUCUUUGAAUGAAAGAGGAACUACGAAUGAAUUUGAAUAAUAUGAACAAAUUUAGGAAGAGAUCGUCAAAGAAAUACAAGAUAAAUGUGAUUAUAGCAUCUCUCCAGUUGAUGAUUGGAUUAUCUUAUGUGAUAAUAUCAAUACGAAAAGUUCGUUGAAAUUAUUUAUUAAAUAAAUGGAGAUUGAUAAGAAAACAAAAGUAAAUGCAACUAGAUGUGAAUUCAUAGUUCCAGGGAAGCCUCAAAAUUUUAUUGAUUUUAUGAGCCAUUUUUAAAAAUAAAAAGAAUUAGAUCCUCGAAUUGAUGCUUUCUAUCCUAUUAAACAGAACGAGGAGAGCAAAGAAUCAGUCGUUUACUUAAGUUAUAAACCAAUUCUAAUGACUUCAGCAAGGGAAUUUAUCUAUUAUAAGAAAACUAAACAAAUUGACACAAAUGUUUUUAUUUUAAUAUUUAUUAAAUAGGUUUGGUGUGACGUUAGUAAAUCCAUCACAGAUUCCUAAUAUCCAAUUAAGAAUAAGGUGAGAGGAGAAAUUUUACUGAGCGGUUACUUAAUUUAGCCACUCUCAAAUUUAAUUAAUAACGAUUACAUCAAUAAUAGGUAUAUAUUCAUGCUAAGAAAUGAAGAUUCAAAAAUAAAAACUUUGAUGACUAUUCUUUUGUGAGAAUGUACUCCUUAUGUGAUUUCAAAAUGUCAAUUCCUUUUUACAUGGCCAAAGGACAGGUGAAAUAGGAAAUGAUAAGAUAUAUUGAUUUAGUCUACCAGAAAUUAUAAUGA